AACCCUGCCUUGUGGGGUUUGAACUUGAGGACGGACAUUUUCGUCAAUGUAUCAAAGAGCUACGAAGGUUGAAGCGUCGACGAGAGGCUAAUAUUACACCGCUUGAGGAAAAGUCGUGGGUGUCACGUGGAUGAAACCCUUAUCUGCAGAUAUACUGGAGUAGGUAGACAUAAAAAUCGAUAAGAGAAGAAUAUUUCCUCGUCAACGUGGAUCGGUCGCGUAUCUGUUAAAUGAUCUGAGUGUAGUAUUUCGACACUGCUGAAUGAGCCAACAAGCCCUGAGAUAUUUCCUCUCUUUCGUAACAUUCAAUUGCAGUCAUUCGCGCGCAGAAAAUAAAUCCCACGAUAAAAAUGUCUGCGAGCCUCCUAGUACGUUUGUCGGUUCGAAAACCGGCCAGAAAAUUGGCUAAAUUAUACUCCACCAGCGGAACCAGCUUGGAGCAUCCUGACACAUUCGAUUUGGUGAUAGUGGGCGGAGGCAUCGUGGGGUGUGCAACGGGAAGAGAAAUGCUGAUAAGACAUCCAGCAAUGAAAAUAGCGAUUGUCGAGAAAGAGAAGGACCUAGCGAUGCACCAGACUGGGCAUAACAGUGGCGUGGUGCAUGCCGGUAUAUAUUACGCCCCGGGAAGUUUGAAGGCCAAACUCUGCGUCGAGGGUGCAAAAUUGUCGUACGAUUACUUCGACAAACAUAACGUCCCGUACAAAAAGGUGGGAAAGCUUAUUGUCGCCAAGGAUGCAAAAGAGGCGAUCAGAAUCGACGAACUCUUUGAUCGCGGGACGAAAAACAACGUCCCGGAUCUCGAAGUCGUUGGAAAAAAUCGUAUAAAAGAUUUUGAAACGAACAUUCAGGGCGAGAAAGCGCUCUGGUCACCAUGGACCGGUAUCGUGGACUGGGGUGCGGUCUGCAAGGUAUUCGGUGAGGAGUUCAAAAAAAUGGGGGGUGAAGUAUUCCUCAAUUCCGAGGUGACAGGGUUCACCGAAAUGAUAGAGUCCAAAGGCACACGUGGUAAACUGAUGCCGAUGGUCGUCCAUACUAGGAAUAACAAGUACAUUCCGACGAGGUUUGUUUUGACUUGUGCCGGAUUGCAUUCAGAUCGCGUUGCGAAAUUGACAGGAUGCGACGUGAAUCCCAGGAUUGUUCCAUUCCGAGGGGAGUACUUCAGGAUGUCGGACACGACCAAGUCCCUCAUCACAACGAACGUUUAUCCAGUACCAGACGCCCGGUUUCCAUUUUUGGGUGUCCACUUUACACCCAGAAUGUCCGGGGAUGUGUGGAUAGGACCAAAUGCUGUCUUAGCGUUAUCCAGAGAAGGCUACAGUUGGACACAAGUAAACUUGAGAGACUGUAUCGAGAUGGCCACAUUCCCAGGCCUGUAUAAGCUUUGCUCCAAGUAUGCGCUUCCAGGAGCUCUGGAGAUGAUUAAAUCCAUAUUCCCCUCACUGACUGUCAAGGACUUGCAGAAAACUCUCCCUGGAAUCACUAGGAAGGAUAUAUUGAGGGACAAGGCUGGAGUCCGAGCACAGGCUUUGAAUGAUAAGGGGGAGCUGGUGGAUGACUUUGUCUUUGACGGAGGCGAGGGUAGCAUUGGAAGCAGAGUAAUUCACUGUCGUAAUGCUCCUUCACCAGCGGCGACAAGCAGUAUGGCGAUAGCAAAGUACAUUUCAGACAAGCUCGAAAACGAUUUCAAGUUAUGAAGAAAAUGUUUGAAGAUAGGACUCCUGGUCUUAUCCUAGUUUUCUAAUAAUUGUCUAUAAUUUUUUCUACUUGGCAUGAUAUACGCGCAUCGAAAGAGAAAAUAAUUCUUUGCCAAAGAAUCUCACCAGAACCUGAGUCUCUGAGUCUUAACUGAGAAAACGUGAAAUGUUGCAUUCGGGACCUAAGACUUACUCAAAACCAAAACGAUUGUUGAAGUAAAAUCCAUCUAUUUAUCAUCAGUGAUGAUAAUAACAAUAUAAAUCGUGAAACCUCACCAGUGAUCA